AUGGCCCCUUUUGCAACAGAAUCACCUCUUUACAAAGAAAUUGAAGACCCGUUUCCGAAGCUUGUGGCACCACAAGCUGCUCCGAGAAAAUACGAAUUAUUAUACCGUAACAUCCUUGUAUUUUCCUACAUGCAUAUAGUAUCACUAUACGGAAUUUAUCUAUACUGUACCAUUGCUACAUGGAAGACCUUCAUUUUUCACAACUUUGUCACGCAAUUAGUAGCCGGCAUGGGUAUGACCGCUGGCGCGCAUCGACUGUGGAGCCACCGAUCUUAUAAAGCAAAAAUGCCCUUACAAAUCUUACUUAUGCUGUUGAACUCACUAGCUUUUGGGAACACGAUUAUACAUUUCGCGCGGGACCAUCGGCUGCAUCAUAGGUAUAGCGAUACUGACGCCGAUCCUCACAAUGCAACGCGAGGCUUCUUCUACUCGCACAUUGGAUGGAUUAUGGUCAAAAAACAUCCAGAGGUGUUGCGAAGAGGGAAACUCAUCGACACGUCGGAUUUAUACGCCAAUCCUGUGCUGAGGUUCCAGGAAAAGUAUUUUUUCCCAUUAGCAGGCACCCUCUGCUUCGUGCUACCAACACUCAUACCCAUGUACUUCUUCGGAGAAACCCUCAACACGGCAUUCCACCUCGCGAUAUUCCGUUACACUGUCUUUCUCAACGUGGUGUUCCUCGUCAACAGCGCUGCUCAUUUGUGGGGCAAAAAACCUUACAAUAAACAAAUUAAACCAGUACAGAACUACGCAGUGUCUUUCUUAACGUUUGGAGAAGGAUUUCACAACUAUCAUCAUUCGUUUCCUUGGGACUACAGGACGGCUGAGCCGGGCAACAAUUGGUUGAAUGUCAGCGCUAAGUUCAUAGAUUUCUUCGCGUGGAUCGGUUGGGCGUACGACCUUAAAGCGGUUCCAGAAGAUUUUGCGCGCUCAAGAGCAAACAAAACUGGUGAUGGCAGUGACUUGUGGGGAUUCAAACGUGAUAAUAAUUUAAGAUUGAAUAAAUUGUGUUGAUAUU